GAUUCGUCAGCAAAAAUCAUCACAUUUGCUGAAACAGAGAAAGUUGUGCCCAAAUUAAGACUCAAAAUCAGCCCAGAGUGGAUGAAAACGACCCAACAGCACACAAGGGUUAAACACUUUACUACACUAAAUUUCAUUUGUUCUGCAGGUCGCUCAGGUCAGGCUGUCGCCGUCCGGGCCAAAGUGUUCGGCUUCAACGUGAUCUUCUACGACCCGUACCUGCAGGACGGUCUGGAGCGCUCGCUGGGCGUUCAGCGCGUUUACACACUCCAGGACCUGCUGUACCAGAGCGACUGUGUGUCCUUGCACUGCAACCUGAACGAACACAACCACCACCUCAUCAACGACUUCACCAUCAAACAGAUGCGUCAGGGGGCGUUUCUGGUGAACACAGCUCGCGGGGGUCUGGUGGAUGAGAAAGCUCUCGCUCAGGCACUGAAGGAGGGCAGAAUACGAGGAGCCGCUCUGGAUGUGCACGAAACUGAACCCUUCAGUUUUGCGCAGGGCUCUUUGAAAGACGCUCCUAAUCUGAUCUGCACUCCUCAUACGGCCUGGUACAGUGAACAGGCGUCUCUGGAGAUGAGAGAAGCAGCCGCUACAGAGAUACGCAGAGCCAUCACAGGUCGUAUUCCAGACAGUUUGAGGAACUGCGUAAAUAAAGAGUUCUUUGUGUCGUCGGGUGCCUGGGGCCUGAUGGAGCAACAGGUUCAUCCUGAGCUCAACGGCGCCACCUACAGCCAUGUCAACCAAUCACUGCAGGCCAUCACCACCGGCGCUGCCCCCCAAGACAAAAUCAUUGCCUAAACAAGAGCAGGUUUUCCUCAGGUAUGCUGGGUCUGUCAGCGGGUCUGGAGGGUUUGGUAUCAUCGGUCAGUGCAGUAAACCAGUCCUCGUC